CGAAUACACCGACUUAUAGGAUAGUAACGACGCCAUAUCCUACUUCCUUUUCCCUCUUCCCUCUACGCUAGGGUUUCGUGGUGCUCUGAUUCGACCUCUCCGCCGCCAUGCCGCAAGGAGAUCACAUCGAGCUUCACAGGAAGCGCCAUGGCUACCGCCCCGAUUACUUCGAGCGGAAGCGGAAGAAGGAGGCUCGGGAAGUACACAAAAGAUCAGAAUAUGCUCAAAAGGCUCUUGGUAUUAAGGGGAAAAUGUUUGCGAAGAAAAGAUACGCGGAGAAGGCGCUGAUGAAGAAGACGAUUGCUAUGCACGAGGAGUCAUCAACGAGACGCAAGGUGGAUGAUAAUGUUCGUGAUGGAGCAAUUCCUGCCUAUUUGCUUGAUCGUGACACAACGACACGUGCAAAGGUUAUCAGCAAUACAAUCAAGCAAAAAAGGAAGGAAAAGGCUGGCAAGUGGGAUGUUCCUUUGCCUAAAGUGAGACCUGUUGCUGAAGAAGAGAUGUUUAAAGUUCUUCGCACUGGCAAGAGAAAAACCAAGCAGUGGAAGAGAAUGGUCACAAAAGCGACCUUUGUCGGGCCAGGGUUUACGAGAAAGCCGCCAAAGUACGAACGCUUCAUUCGCCCUACGGGCUUGCGGUUUACUAAAGCUCAUGUGACUCACCCCGAACUGAAGUGCACUUUUAAUCUUGAUAUAAUUGGGGUGAAGAAAAAUCCUAACGGACCAAUGUACACUUCUCUUGGAGUAAUGACGAAGGGAACAAUCGUAGAGGUAAAUGUGAGUGAACUUGGUCUUGUUACUCCUGCAGGAAAAGUAGUUUGGGGUAAAUAUGCGCAAGUUACAAAUAACCCUGAGAACGAUGGUUGUAUCAAUGCCGUGCUACUUGUAUGAGAAGUGCUUUUCUGCGUAGUAUUUACAGGGAUUUUAUGUGUUCUUUGUCCUUAACAUCUUAAUGUACUCUUCAUGGCAAAAUUUUGAUCGAGUUUGAUCUUUAUAACAGCUUAGUUCUACUCCUGA